AUGUCAGUUGAAAAAGAACUUCUACAACAUAAACUACAGAUUAAGCAAUGGGAGAAGGCAUUUGCUAAGACGAAUGGACGUGUGCCUGCAAAAUCGGAUGUCAAGGCCAAUCCGGAAAUAUAUAAAGCAUACAAGACAUAUAACUACUUGAAAUCUAAACAAAAGGGAAAACAACAGGAUGGCAGCAAUGGCCAGUCAAAAGCAUCAAAGUCAGGAAGCAAAGGCAAGACUAGCUCAUUAGAACCUUUAGAUUUCAUCCCCCUUCCUGUUGAAGCUGACGACGACUCGAAUGAACCUCAUGAGACCAAUCCACCCUUGAAUGCGGAACUAGGCCCCACACCACAAGCCAAUGGAAAAGUGCUUUCAUUAUUCGAUAUCUUAAGUCCUCCUGAGUCUUCUCCUUUGGCUACAUCUAAGGUGGUUCCCAAGUCCAUGAAUUCAUCGCCAUUGAAGGAUACCACUGUCUUCAAAACGCCGACAAAAUCAGUGAAAAGAAUAGACUAUGCUGAUCUCACGCCGGCUAGGAACAGUCUGGCCAAGAAAUCACUUACGUCUGCUCUUCAGCUGGUAUCUACACCACUGAAGAAAGAGUCAGCUGGCCCUGACGAAAAGCAUACAAGCAUCGAAACACCUUUCUAUCUAGGGAAGAUUAACAGCAAGUUUCAGUUUAACCCUGAAGCAGUGCUGCCGUUGAAGGGCUCACCAUCAUCACCAUAUAAUGUCUCGGUUCCGACCAUUAAUGAUCCAGUCACGCCGUCAAAGCCAACAAUAGAACAGCCUCGUUUCCUGACAUCUCCUUCUCCUUUCAAAACAGAAAGAAUGUCCUCAUUCGGGAACAAUAAGAAACUUACUGAUGUCUUUAAUGAAGCUAUUAGCUUUCAGAUCGAUGAACAGCUUAAACUUGAAGUGGAGCUGGAGCUUAUGUUAGAAAUGGAACGGGAUAUUAAUGAAGAAGAAGAGAAUGCUGAGGAACAGCUUCCAAUGCGUACAAGCAAGAAGCGCCUCACUCAAAAGAGAACCACCAGGCGUUGGAAGAUCAAGCCUCGUUCUGAGGACGAGAGGGCCGAACUGUUUGACGGAAAGAAUGUGCAUGAGGAGAUAAAGAAGAUUGAGGACAGGGAACAGCAAGAGUUGAUUGAGUAUAUGAAAGGUCCAUCAGAAAUGGCCGAUUCUACUGAUUCAGACGACGAGGAAGAAACUGAGUACGUCAGACCAGCACCGCAAGCAUCUGAGCCUUCGAAGAAGCGGACAAAGCUCAAACCUAUCAGUAACAAUUUCCAGCGUUUGAAGAUCAAUGAUCCUCGUUCCAAGAAAUUUAAGCAGAGAAUGAAGAGACGUUAG